CGAAGGUCGGCAGACGCCGGGGUGGACGUGCCGCGCUGGUGCCACCGGCCGCCGCACUAUCAGACCCAGAUCCGAACCUUGGACCGAAGGCGACCCGCUGGCCGGCCGACGCGGCGCCUCGUGAGCGACCCUCCAAGCCGCGCCGCAAACGUAAAAAUACCGGCGCAGAGGGGUGAGCCGACUCAAACGAUAUCGGCGCCAGUGACUGCCGGGGACGUUGCGGAGCACCUGCUUGCCGACAGGCGCGGCGGUCGUCCCGGCGCGCCGCGCACCAGCCAGCAGAGCGCGGCCAUGUCGCUGUCCGUCUCCACGGGGAUCAUCAUGCUGAUCGGCUUGACGGCACACCUGCUUCGCGUGGUGGUGCGCCGGGCGGUGACGGAGCCGCAGGCGCAGCGGCUGCUUCGCGAGGUCAUCGCCGCCAGUGAGCUGUGCGGCUGCUGCUUCGAGCUCGCCAUCGUCGCCGACACGUUCGGCGUGAUCACGUACGCCGUGUACCUCUUCCUGGUGAGCAUCUACUGGUCGCUGGCCUGGGGCGACGCCAAUGCCUGCCCCUACCUGCAAGUGGAGGAAUGGUGGCUGGGCAGGACACGCUUGCCAACAGUGCUGCUCAGGAUACUGGCGGAGGUGGCCGGUGGCUGGGCCACGUGGAGGUAUAUCCGGCUGCUGUGGCGGCUUGAGCUGUCGCCGGCGCACCACGACCGCUGGCUGGAAGAGUGCUCGGCGGACCUGCAAGUGUCGCCUCUGCAGGGCGCCCUGGUCGAGGGCGUGGCAGUGCUGCUCUGUCGGCUGGUGGCCCGCUCCAUGGACGACCUCGAGCCGCGUUUCGCUGUCGCCAUCGACUCGCUCUGUGGCACCUCGCUCGUUAUCGCAGGCUUCAACUACUCGGGCGGCUACUACAACCCGAUGCUGGCCAGCGCGAUGAAGCUGGGCUGCCGCGGCCACUCUGUGGGCGAGCACGUGGCCGUGUACUGGGGCGCGGCCACGGUCGGCGCCGUCGCCUCCACCUAUCUGUACCCGGUGCUGCGGCCGACGCUCACCAACCGACCGCUCAAGCGAGAGUAGGGCUGGCGUCGCCGCUCCGGCCGGGGUCACCGAAGCGUCUGGCCGGAUCGGGGGCUGCUGAUGCUGCUGCGCGCGCUGGCAGACGGUGCAGGCUGAAGUCGUGCAUUCAGCUCCACGGAAGAGGAAGGAACUGUGGCUCAAACUCAGGCAGGCGGGCAGCGCGCAGACCGGGCAGCAUACAAGGGCAGACUGCAGGAAGCCAGGUCGAACUAUGUUUUAAACCCCAGGAUGCAGAUGGCGUUGCGUUCGCUUGCCAUUCAUCUCAGUACGGGGAAUGUGAUUCGAACUUUGACUGGCAGGUGGCGCUAGUGGCGUACAGUUUCUAGAGGCGUGGGUGACCUGCGGCUCAACAUCCAUCUAAUGGGCGAAGGUAGCGCUGUCCCGUGUAGGAGACGGGUCAGAGAGACAGGUGACAGGAGAUAGGUUACGGGGACAUAACGCCGGUCUGUUGGCAGGCCCCGUUUGUCAGCUCAUAUGAUGUGUGCUUGAGGGCGGGGGGAGGGGGGGGGGGGCGACAAGCGUGCUACUUAGCCUCGUGACCCUGACGUCUUGGUCGUCUGGGUCGCAUUGAAUCACACAAUACGUGCCUUUGGGCUGUGAUUGAUUGCCAUGUUUCACAUCUGAAUUUGUACCAGCGAAACUUACGACUCCGCGUCCUGUCCUUGCUAAGCAUUUUAAUCGUUAUGCCCAUAAGCCUCCGUUUUCCCAUCCUCACAUUUGCUCAACACACGCCCUCCCGGUAAAUAAAAGUAUCGAUGGGAUGCUUGGUCAUAUAAACGGCAGUCACAGCCGACACUAGUGUUUUGAUAGCAUUAUGAAAUUGCUUACCAAUGCGCGUUCAUUCUCGUAACGCCCAAAGCAGUUAUGCAGUGGUAUUUGCAUCUGUGGCAGGUUGUUGUGCAGUAAUACGCAUGGAACGUGAAGAGGGAGCCAUGAGAGGCGAGAGCGGGGACCGGUCGCGGGACGAGCGAAAUCGGAGCAGUAUUGAAUAUAGUGCAAAAAGAUGAUGACAUGACUCGCUCUCGUUCAUAAAGCAAGUUUGCCAUCGCUGCAUGACAUUGAACGCCAUCACGUGACUGCGACCGAUCAUCGCACUCCCUGGAGGGCCCGUCUGACCUACCAUGUGCGAUGGAAGGAGCAGACGCAGAGAGUUUGGCGACGAACUGUAACAAGAAAAAGAAAUAUUUUGAGUUUGUUGUCUGGUGUUUUAUAAUGCACAGGCUCUAUCGCAAUGACAGGUAAAGUCAUGAACACAAAAACGCAUAACACAGGAAAUUGUAAUGUUAGU